AUAAAAAAUAGAGGGUUUAGAAAGAAACAGUUGGUUAGUUACGUAUAACGCAUCGCAUCGCAUCGCAUCGCAUCGGUGGCUUUUUUCUGUUCUCCUAACCCUAAUAACUGUACUGUCGCCGGAUCAAUGACUGGCGCAGCCCAGGAUAUCUCCAAAACUCCAUCUUCUUCUUCUAAGAGAACAGUGAUAACACAGGGUUCAGUUGAUAUAUAUGCAGCGCAAUGCAAGAAUUGCUUGAAAUGGAGAGUGAUUGAUACUCAGGAGGAGUUUGAAGAAAUCAGACAUAAAGUCACCGUUGAACCUUUUGAUUGUAGCAGAAAGGCUAAUUGUAGCUGUGACGAUCCUGCUGAUAUUGAAUACGAUUCCACUCGGACAUGGGUCAUUGACAAGCCUAACCUUCCAAAGACUCCUCAAGGUUUCAAGAGAAGCUUGGUACUUAGAAAAGAUUACUCUAAAUUGGACUCUUACUACAUCACACCUGCAGGUAAAAAACUGAGAACCCGGAAUGAAAUAGCAGGGUAUCUAAAAGAUCAUCCUGAACACAGUGGUAUAUCUGCUUCGGAUUUUGAUUUUUCAUCCCCCAAGAUAAUGCAGGAUACCAUCCCAGAAUAUAUUGAGCAGAAGGAUUCUGCUAACAAGAAAGCUAAGAUAAUUAAGGAUGAUGUUUGAGAAAUAUCAUCCCAAGUUUUCUGCAUUUCUGGUCGGUUUGUUUGUAAUAUAUUAACUCUAGAGAUUGUGUUAGGGAACACCAAUCCAGUUGCAUUGAAACAAAAUUUGUUCUUGCAGUUUUUUGGAUUGUUUUUGUCUUAUUGUAAUUGCAUACCUAAACCGAUAUUCACUGCCUUUGUGUGGUGUAACUGUAAACAGAACACCCAAAAAUAUAUCUAUCUAUGUACCCCUAUCUAUUUGCCUCA